AUGCGGUAUGACGACUGGGACGUUCUGCUCAUCGACCAGGCCAACCAUACGCCGCUAAGUGAAUUUAGGGCAACAUGCCAUGUCCCUACUACCACUGACACAGGGAACCCUCUUGGCUUCUGCAGCUUGCCAACUGUGACCGCCUUCGUCCCUAGUCUUUACUACGGGACUCCUUUCGGUAUCUCUGUUUACAACUGGGGUUCGCCCGCUAUCAACCACACGCCGAACCCCUACAUCAGCCAGGAUGAGCUAGCUUUGUUCGAGAUCCGCGUUUUUAUCGACGGACGCAUGGUUUCGUUAACAACUUUAGAUCACAAAACGCUGUGGCCUGUAAAUAUCCAACAAGCUCUCGUUUUCGGCGAGAAUGGCGAGUUGGAACCACUCCGAUUUCCCGCCUUUCGGGAGGAAGUUUUGCACCAAAGCAUGUGGAGGCCUCAUGAUGAUCUUGGCCGCAUCAAGGUUGUCAUCAGCAAGGCCUUCCCCCGAAAUUCCCCUGAGCUGCCAUUAGAUCGUGUCAGACAUCUUGUGGUUUUCUCCUUCCAGCAUGCUCCAAUAGAUCUUCUCGAGAGUUCAGCUAUUUCUUGGCCCAGCCCAACUGCGUAUUACGGUCUGCCAACCACGAGUAUCACAGCCCCCAGAUAUUGUUCUGAACUUGCGGCCACCCAACCCGAGCACUACAAUACACACCACCAAGAUGUUGCUACCGAGCACCAAUCGUCCAAUGCUAAGCUCAUUUCGGUCACCGCUGACAGGCCAUCACCGGCUGUAGAGAUUCAAAACGGUGGACGAGCUCAGAGCGCUCUGCCUCAGCGUACCGAGGAUGGUAAUGCCUUUGGAUCAACUCAUUCUGACAGCAUCACAUUGUGCAACAAUCCGCAGACCGACCAGUUUGGGAGCCUCCAAGCACUGUACAGCUCUGAGGGCAAUGCGGGGGGACGAGGCCAUGCUGAAGAUUCAAUAACUUGGACCGAGAUGUACGACCAAGAUUCGGUAGAUGCGAUCACGAAUGUGAUACAUGAGUUCUAUGCCCAUGCACAACGAAGCCCGGGCAAGGGCUCCUCGGGCCCUGGCUUACCUUGUUAUGCAUCCUCGCACCACAAUACCCAUUCUCAAAUUGCUUCGAACGCUACUAUUCAUCGUUCUGAAUUCCCCCAAGGCUGUCCACAGGAAGCUGCACCAAACAGCCGGCCAACUGCGUUGGAAAUGUCAAACAACGCGGCCGCCAUGAAAGCUGCGGUUAACAGUAACGUUCAGACUGCGCCAACUGCAUGUGACACAAGUCCACAAGAAAUUUUCUCUCCAACCCCAUUUCCCGGCCCAUUAGCAUCGCACUCCGAGGCCUCAUUGGCGCAGAUGUACAGCAUCCCGCCGCCGACAGCCAAAACCAGGCCAAAGAAAGGACAACAAACUCAACAGACAACUUUCAACCAAAUGGCCACUCACAUCUCAUCGGCACCAACGAAUCCAAGUGAUCAUCCCGAGACCCGUACAAUAUCUGAGCCAAUGAUUGCUUCAGUUGAAGAGGCCACCAGCGCCGUACGAAGUCCAUCGUCAAACAGUCUCCAUCAAGGGUGCUUGCCCGCAGCUCAGGUCCCUCAGCGCCAGGAUUUUGGUCGUUCUGUCAGCACCGGUAUCGCCAAUGGUGAGAACCAGAAUCCACUGAUCAUUGACACGAGUAUCAAGGAUGUCCGCAAUUUUACUCCACCUGGUGUCCAAGGAAUUAUGGACAGUGCGGGCUUUCUUACCAGUCCUUUGCUUUGA